UACUACCUACUUGCACAUCAACUAAAGUAUAAAAAGGUACCAUUUCUAUAAUGAAUUAUUCUGAUACGAUAAUUAGUGAGCCUUCAACAUGUUUCGUUACAACACUCUCAUUGCCCUAGCGUUCAUCAUUGCUUCCAUCAAUGCCUUUGUUGUACCAGAUUUUGAUCCGGGUUAUGCGCUAGAUCCAAAUGAUGAUGCUCAGUUGAGAAAUAUUAAGAUAUAUGGAUCCGGUCAAGGAGGACUAAAACUUGACCCCUAUAGAUUUAACCUAUUUGGAAUCAACGGAGUUUUGGGUGGUCAAUUACAAGGAGAAGGAUCAGGUUUUGCUAAUAUCGACACACCAGUGGCAUUAAGAAAUAUUAAGAUACAGGGACACGGCGAAGGAGGAGUGAAACUUGACCCCACUAGAAUUCACCUAUUUGGACACAGCGGCGUCUUGGGUGGUCAGCUACAUGGAGAAGGAUCAGGUGUUGUUGAUAUCGACACACCAGUGGCAGUAAGAAAUAUUAAGAUACAAGGACACGGUCAAGGAGGAGUGAAACUUGACCCCACUAGAAUUCACCUAUUUGGACACGACGGUGUUUUGGGUGGUCAGCUACAAGGAGAAGGAUCAGGUUUUGCUGAUAUCGAUACACCAGGAGCAUUGAGAAAUAUAAAGUUAUAUGGACAAGGUCAAGCAGGAGUGCAAGUUGACCCGUUUAGAUUUGGACUAUUUGGACUCAACGGCGUUUUGGGUGGUCAGGCACAAGGACAAGGAUCAGGUUUUAUUGAUAUCAACACGCCAAUAGCAUAUGGACGUCCUUAUUAGAUUGUAUAAUAUUCUAAAUGUAUCGUGCAAACAUUUGUUAUAAAUAUAUAAAAUACAUUGAUUAUAUUAAA